CAAUGCAGACGACGGAUUGAUUCGACACAGCAGCGGAAACCAAAAAGAAAAACAAGGACCAGAGGAUACGACACUUUAUCCUCGGAUGCAGUCAUCAAUGUCUUCCCUGAUUCCGAAUACCGUCCCACCACCGAAUUCAUGACGCGACACAACCUCGAGGAGCAUCUCUCGUGGCUGUUGAGCAACAUCGCCGUGUGCAAACCAGCCAGCAUAGAAUAUCCGUCUGCACGGGAUUUUGCCAUUAUCAGCUUCUCCCAAUCUCUAAAUACCGAGCGGCUACAGCCGAACACUCCUACAACUUCAGUCGAUAUAUCCCUCCAUUCCGGCACGCACUCUAAGCCCAGCAUCAAUGCUGCGGGUACAUCCAACUUGGACUCGGCACAGGACGUGCAGGACACAAGAGACAGAGGGGAGAGCUGUUCGGCCAUGGCAAAGCUAACCUCAGCAUCCAAGCCUAAGAAAUCGUCCCUCGUUCUCAAGCAGCAGCAACAGCAGCAGCAGCAACAGCAGCAGCAGCUUCCGACACCAGCCUCCGCAAUAUCUAGCCAUGGCGGUGGGCUUCAACGGGCCUACGCCGCCAAGCUUUUGCAAGAUGAAGCAAAAAAUGCCCAAAGGCCCGGUGUUCCAGGGACAGACCUUUGGGAUUUCGACGAAGAUCUGGACGACAUCAUGGAUUUGACGGGAGAGGACACCGCUCCCUCAUCAGAUUCGAUCCAGUUCGGCGACGAUGUGAGGAUAUGGGACGAGGACCAUGCUGCAAGGCCAGAACCUCAACCGACACGUGGAAAGAAGAGGAAAAGCACCGAUAUGAGUAAAGCCGACGCCUCCGAUUCGGAUGAGUUCCCGGACAUCUACCAGGUCAUAGGCACGCCGGCACCUCCAAGCUGCAAAUCUGUGAAGACAUCUAAAACUGUCACUGCGGGCUUUUCUCGAGCUGAAGCUGUCUCUGAUUUGAACGACGAGGAAAGCAUAUCGGGAACCCCGAGGCGAAGCAAGAAAACCUACCGUCUAGAUGCCAAUGCUGGGAUUCGGUCAACUCCCAGCCGGGCAAUUAGCACGAUUCCGGACCAGCGGUUACUCGGCAGGACGCCUAGUAAAGCACUCCUGCUCUCUUCCUCUCCGGAAACUCACAAACCGCCCAAGGCGAACGCAAGCGUGAAGCGAUCCCAUCCUCCAGCCGCGGGCUCUGAAUCUGUGGCACAACAGCCGCCGGCGAGAAAUGUUCAGCGACGAGUGAUACAAGACUCGGAUGACGAUAUGGACGACGAAUUUCUCACUCCACCAAGCCGCCAAGGACCUACCGUCCCAGCGUCGAACAAUGAUACGAUAGAUGAGGAGGAGGAGCUCAUAGCUCUCGACACACCUUCUCGAGGAAGAACGCCUAAACAUGUUCGAAGGGAGACACCAAUCGUGGGCGACCCAGGCCCAGCAUCUGGACAAGCCGGCAUGUUCCAACCGCAAUCAGCACCAUCUAGCCAGCCGCAGUCAUCUGGGGAGCCAGAAUCCCGUCUAUUGAGUCUGUUCUUGAAGUACCUCGGUGCACUAGAAGCCAGGAAGAAGCGGAUUGACGAGCAGCUGGUCCAGAACAGAGAAACGUUCACGAAAUCUCUGCGGGAAGGCUGGGCGAAGGAGGAACGUGACAAGAUCAAAAACAUGAGAGAUCCUCUGCUCAAGCAGCAGAAUGCCCUCAUAGACUUGGCCAGACUGGUAGAUGAGCACAAGCUGCUCGACGCUGAAAGGCAAGCACUUGCUCUCCAGGUUGCAGAAAGCUACGAUGCUGGGCUUGACACGGAGAAAGACGAGAGCCGUCUAGACGACCUCUCCGAUAGGAUAAGAUCCAUGGAGCGCGCCUUUCUCCCUCACCUGCCAGGAGCUGGUAUUGAUCUCUCUUUUCUCAAUGAAUACGCCCGGGCGUCUCGGGCGAACAACAGGAUGGCGGCCCCUGCUGUGUUGGCCACGCAGCCAGACUCUAGCGGAUCCAGGAGCAUGCAUGAAAGGGAAUCCCGCUCCGCUGGGGCUGGCAUGGGGACUCAGGUCAUCCAUCAAACACAAUUUGCGCCGGCGCCUCAGCUCUGUCGCCGAACAGAACCAUCGCCACCGCCUUUUCCAAGGGGACAAUUACCACAUGCACCAGACGCUCGUCAGGCUCAUGUCACUCACGGCUCCAAACCGAGUAGAAGAGAAGAAUAUGUAGAUGAAGAAGACGAUUUCUUCGACGACAUUGAGGAGGCGGAUUUGAGUGCCAUACCAACCCCUGCCAUCUCUCGGUCCAACCACCACCACCAGCCUGCUCGAGGGAGCCCGCUGAAAUCAUUCAACAGGCGUGCUCCAGACACAUUCAGCGACGACUUUUGUGACGAGGAAAUGAUCGCCUUUGCGGAAGAUUAUGAGACGCGUCAACCGUCCUCCGGAGAGCCAUCUACUCGCCGGCCCGUACUCGCACAUACGUCGGGAAAUGCGGUUCUGGUUUCGAGAAGCAACAGCACUCCAAAGCCACGCGAGCCGUCGACGGUGAAGCCAUCGAUCCCCCCCGAGCUGAUGAAGCACCCCUGGUCGCCCGAUGUCAGGAGGGCUUUGAAGGACAGGUUCAGGAUGCACGGCUUUCGUACCAACCAGCUUGAAGCCAUCAAUGCUACACUGGCGGGCGAAGACGCCUUUGUUCUCAUGCCCACCGGAGGAGGCAAAUCUCUCUGCUACCAACUGCCCGCAGUGAUCAACUGCGGAAAGACCAAGGGCAUUACGAUCGUAGUCUCCCCUCUGCUCAGCUUGAUGCAAGAUCAGGUGGACCAUUUGAGGGCGCUGAACAUCAUGGCGGAAAUGUUCAACGGCGACACGAAAGCGCAGGUCCGGAGACAUAUUCUGUCGGUAUUCGACCACCCCCGCCCCGAACUGCAUCUCCAACUGCUCUACGUGACUCCGGAGAUGAUCAACACCAGUGCCCAGUUCGAGAAAGCGUUGAUGAAUCUCUACAGAAACAAGAGGCUCGCGCGUUUCGUCGUCGACGAGGCACAUUGUGUUAGUCAGUGGGGGCAUGAUUUCCGGCCCGAUUACAAGGCGCUCGGCCAACUCCGCGACAAGUUCCCCGGGAUCCCACUCAUCGCUCUGACCGCGACGGCUACGCCCAACGUCAUCAUGGACAUCAAGCAUAACCUUCGCAUCGACCAGUGCCGGGUCUAUACGCAGAGCUUUAACCGUCCGAACCUGGCUUAUGAAAUCCGCAGAAAGGGGCGAAACCUCCUGGACACAGUUGCCGACAUGAUAUUGACCAAGUACGACGGUCAGUGUGGAAUCAUCUACACGCUGUCUCGCAAGACGUCGGAGACGGUGGCCAAAAAGCUCCGCGAAACAUAUGGCAUCCUCGCUAGUCACUAUCAUGCGGGCAUGACCCCGGAGGAGAAAAUCAACUGCCAACGGGCGUGGCAGAAAGGGGACGUCAAAAUUGUUGUUGCCACGAUUGCAUUCGGCAUGGGGAUCGACAAGCCUGAUGUCAGGUUCGUCAUCCACUACGCGUUACCGACAAGCCUGGAGGGCUACUAUCAAGAAACGGGCCGCGCUGGCAGAGAUGGCAAGCCCUCGGAUUGCAUCCUGUUCUUCGGCUACGGCGAUGUGAUGACCCUGAGACGAAUGAUCAACAGCAGCGAGGGGAGCAGGGAACGGAAGGAGAGGCAGCUGACGAUGCUUAACAAAGUCACGGCAUUCUGUGACGGCCAGGAAGAGUGCCGCCGCGUCACGGUAUUGCGUUACUUUGGCGAGAGGUUCUCGGCUGCGCAGUGCAACAAGACGUGCGACAACUGCCGGAUCGGAGGCGUGUUCGAGCAGCGAGACUGGACCGAGUACGCCAUUGCGGCCAUUCAAGCCAUCGAAGCGAACGGGCGCCUGACUAUCGCUCAGUGCUCUGACAUCCUGAUGGGGAGGAAGACGGUGGCCACGGAGCUCGGCGAGUUCAACGGCAUAGCCAAGGGAAGCAUGAAAAAGCACGAGCUCGAGCGUAUGCUUGACCGGCUUGUGUCUGAAGCUGCGUUGAAGGAGGAGAACGUUUUCAAUAAACGGGCCAGGAUCGCCAUCCAAUAUCUCGCCUGUGGACGCAAUGCGGCCGACUUCCUCAGCGGACGCCGAAAGCUGUUUAUGUCGGUACAGGUUUCCGAUAGGAGUGAGGACUCAUCGGCCACGACAGCUAAGAAGCGGGCGAAAAAGAAGGCUACUACUGCUGGCGACGACGACGAAAACAGCGGCAAAGGACGAUCUCGGCCACCACCGUCCACGAACGUCUCGUCGCCACCUGAUCGAGGAGCACAAAAGCAGCAGCAGCAGAAGAAGAAGAAGAAGACGCAAGUGGCUCGCGGAGCCCCGGGCCAUGGCGACGAUGAUGACAUGGAUGGUAUGGACGGCAACGGCUAUAGCCGAGAUGACAACUUUGUGGUGUCGGACAAGGCGGUCUCGGACGACGAUUCCGAUGACGGGUUCGAACCAUUGCCGAAGAACAACAGGAAGAAGACGUCACGCAGCCUGGGCGGCCGGAUCUCGCAAGACCAGCGCCUCGCUCAGCUAGACGAGGUGCAGCAGGACGUGGUUUACAACUUUGUGGAGGAGGCAAAGAGGCUGGAAGAGAAGUUGCGGAACCAACAGCAUCUCCGCAAGCCGCUCUUCUCGGAAAGCGUGCUGCGGGAGAUGGCGAUCAACUGGACCAGGACGCUGGAGGAGAUGCAAGACAUUCCCGAUAUCGACGAGGACAAGGUGGGGCGGUUCGGCAGCAAGUUCCUGCCCCUUAUCAAGCGUUACCAUGCCAGUUACAUGGAAAUGGUUGGGCAAGGGGCCGGCGAGGGCGGCGAGGGCGGCGGGAACGGGUUACCGAUCCAUCAUCCGAGCCGGAGCACGGGCAACGCAGACCCGAUUACGAUCAGCGACGACGACGAAGAAUACGGGGAAGACGAGUUUGAAAAUGUCGACGACGAGGAGCUGGAGUUGGAGGAAGGCGAAUCGUCUAAAUACUUUGGCGCCGCCGAGUUGUCGGACUACGAGGUCUCGCCUGCUCCCGGGGUGCAGCAAUGGCGUGAUACGCUGGAGGCUCUGAAGACCGCUGCGGGGAAGGAAGCGGACGAGGCCGGCGCAGGUGCCGGUGCCGGUGCCGGUACGUCAUUCCGUGCCAAGGGCGGGCGGCGGGGCGGCAGCCAGAGUUUUAGCGGUCGCGGUGGGGGCAGGAGGGCGGGGAGUUCCCGAAAAGGGUCUGGUGGGUUCCCGAAACGGGGUAGUACGAAGGGAGCGGGAGUGACGAAGAAGAAGGCGGCGGCAGCUGGGACAAAUAAGCAGGCUGGGGCCAGCAGCGGGACGGCGGCUAGGUCUGCGUCGGGGACGUCCAAGACGUCUUUGGCGAAUUUUAUGUACAAGGGCGGGAAGAAAGGGGGCGGCGGUGGCAGUGGUGGGGUUGGACUGAUGCCGAUGUGAUAAAAAGGCAUGAUGAGCGAGACGGAGAUUCUCGGGACAAUCGAGUCGUCCAGGAGAGAGGAGAGGGAACAUGGGGAUUGUCACAAUUGUGCUUCUGCUACACGAAAGUGCCGGCCUGGGUGGGCUUACAUCGCAUGGCAUUCGGGAGGCGUCUGGCGAAUUUGGCACGACAAUGAGGGAUAUCACGAAUGUCGAAAUGAAACUGCGAGGGCAGGCUUUCUGCAAAGAAAUAGCGAACAACAUAGCGAAUCGGGACCAUGAUGGAAAUAAGUUUCGUUUCCCCCCUCUCUCUUUCAUACACUAUUUACUUACACGUACAGUGAAUCGCCGUGUCUAUAGGCUAGGGCACUGAGAAUAGCCACACGCAUACUUGAGCUG